CCAGUUUCCCCAGGAUCAAUAAAGUAUGACUAUGACUACUAUAUACUAUCUUGAGAUUCAUUUUCUUGCAGGUAUUUUACAAGAAAAUAAAGCGAUACAAUAGAAUUUAUGAAAAUCUAUACAUAAAAAGAGACUGACAAACAGCCAAUGUGCAAACGAAGGCAAACUGCAAAAAAAAGUACUGAGAUAAUGAACUUGAAAGUGAGUCAAUAGGUUGUGGAGUCAGUUCAGAGAUGAGGUGAGCGAAGUUAUCCACAAUGGUUCAGGACCCUGAUGUUUCUAGGGUAGUAACUGUUCCUCGGCCUGGUGGUGUGACCUAAGGCUCCUGUACCUCCUUCCUGAUGGCAGCAGCAAGAAGAGAGCGUGUCCCAGAUGGUAAGGGUCAUUGAUGGUGCUUUCUUGUGUUAGCGCCCUUGCAAAUAUGCUCAAUGGUGGAGGUGGCUUUGCCUGUUAUGGACUGGGCUGUAUCCAACAUUUGUGUCUUUUCCCAUUCCUGGGCAUUGGUCUUUCUAUACCAGGUGAUACAACCAGUUAGAAUACCGUCUACUGUGCAGCUAUAUAUUAAAGUUUUCGAUGACAUGCUGAAUCUAUGCAAACUUCAAAGAAAGUAGAGGCCUGUGAACUUAGUGCUUUGUCUAAUAAAGUUCAUAUACCACUUGCCUUCUUUUACCACCGUAUCAACCUGUGCAGUCAGUCAAUCAGGUAACUGAGGAGCACCAGAGGUUUUAACCCCGGGCUUGACAGGUUGCAAAGUGCUAAACAUUUAUCUUGUCCAGUGUGUUUUGAUUGUAGUAUAUCAGGUAAUAAAUUCCCAGCGGAUUCACCCUCGAUCAAAAGGCAGCAACUUCAGAGAAUUUGUCCAGGUACAACAAACAAUUAGAGAAGAUAAGAAUCGUUUAUGUUUGCUGUAAGUUCCUGAUUACUGUGUGUUAUCUUAUCGUGUAAACGCUGCGUGCAUUUCCAUUGUCUGGUGUUUCAGUGGUCUUAUUAACCCAUUUAUUUUAAAAUACUGUUUCAACAGAUCGCUGAGUAUUAUAGGAAGAGCUCAUUAAGAGUCUUCCAAAGAACACUGCCAGCAGUAAACUUAACGUUUCAUCAUUGAAGCAUGCGGCCCAAGUAAUUUCUUGGCUUAGUCCCAUCGAAAGGCCCAGAGCCACUACGAGCAAGACCGGAAUGCGCUGAGGAGGAAGGAAUGGGAAAGACGGAGCCAGGAAGUCCAUCAAGAUGAAGAUCUGUUUGCCUCAAGUUUUAAUCUGUUCAGUGAACCUUACAAGUUUUGUAUGCCAUCUGAUAUCUUUCAGACCAGCAAAGGCGAUGCCCUGUCCAGCCGGGUGCAGAACACGUUAGGGAACUACGACGAAAUGAAAGACCUGUUAACGAACCGCUCCAACCAGAGCCACCUCGUGGGCAUUCCCAAGUCGUUGAUCCCGCAGACGCCCGUGGAGAAAAUGGAGCAGACCUUCUUCAAUGAGCCCAGAGCCAAAAUGGCGCCCUCCCACCAAAGCAGCAAUCACUCUUCCGCCUGCAUGCCUCCUCCCUCCUCUUGCCUGUCGCUGAGUUCCUCGCUGCUACAUGGGCACCCGAGUAAGAAGUCGCGGAUGGACUGGUCCCGGAGUGGGCAUGGUUCAGCCAGUGGGCAUGGAGGGCAGUCCAACAGCCAGCCCGGUACUCAACAGGUCAGGGAGAAGCACUCCGGCACACACGAGCAAGUCCAAGACAGGUACGGCGAUCUGUACAGCAGUCAGAGCGAGCUGCACAAAAGUGACCUGCAGGCCAGCCUGGAUGAUGGUGUGAAGUUGCAGACAUCCAGUCCCAGCAACACCUCUCGCUCCAAAAGGCACAGCCACUCCAAGUCAACCGGUGGAGACCAUUCGUACAAAGAUGGCUGCCACAUGAAGUCUCCCAUUGACAAUGACUCUGGUUCUUAUUCUUGUGGAUCUCCUGUGCCAUCCACAUCCCUGAUCCCCGGCAGCAGUGCUCUCUCCACCCAGAACUUCCCUCCGGGACUUCACUCCAAGUCCAGCGUUCUACAGCAGAAGCCUACGGCCUAUGUCAGGCCAAUGGAUGGGCAGGAGCAAGCCCCCAUGGAGUCUCCCGAGCUCAAGCCACUAAUGGAAAUUGAGGACGCUUUCAGCAGCCAGGCGUUUGGCAGCCUCCUGGACACCAAGCCCAGCACGGCAAGCAACAAGUGCAAGUUACCAAAGCUGACGAUACCUCAGCCAGGCGAGGUCAGUCUUUCCAACGAGACCAGCUGUGUGGAAGAAAUACUACGGGAGAUGACACAUUCGUGGCCUCCCCCCUUAACUGCGAUACACACACCUGGCAAAGCCGAGACCACCAAGUUCCCGAUCCCAAGCAAGGAUUCUCAGCAUCUAACCUCUGGGUACAAUGGACAAAAGCGGUGCGAUGUUCAAGGGAAACCUCCAACCAAGUCAGCGCCACAAAAAUCGAUGCUGGAAGAUGAUCUGAAGCUCAGCAGUGAUGAGGAUGAAAGUGAACAGGCAGAAAAAGCCAAGAUUCGACCCAUUCCUGUGAACACCAGUGCUUUGCAGAAUUCCCACAGCACAGCCUCCGGCCAUUCCAGCGGUGGAUGCAGCAGCUCAAGCGAGUCCGGAAGCAGUUCGGAGUCUGACUCAGACAGCGAAAGCAGCUCCAGCGACAGUGAAUGCAACGAGGCUUCCCGCAAUGCAACACCGGAGCCUGAACCACCGUCCACGAACAAGUGGCAGUUGGACAAAUGGCUCAACAAGGUCACCUCCCACAGCAAGACCAUCAUCAACAGCCAGACCGAUUGUGAGGUACUGAGUGAUUCCCAGUCCCAGAGCAACCAGGAGAUCGAUGCUCAGAUCAAAGGGAAACAGUUUCUUCCAUUGCCUCAGCCGGAUUCCAAAGAUCGGGUCCUACUUGGGCCUGUCAGGGAGAAAGCCAAGCCAAGGUCGACUCCGAAAGUGCCGGAGGGGAAGCUGGUGAAGCAGAAGUCUCCCAUCCACAACGAGCCCGCUCCGCCCAAGAGGACCACGAGCAAGUCGCAGCCCAGGAAGGUGGAGCGUACCCCGAGCACGGAGGCUCCCGAUGCCUGGCUCCGGCCCAACCAUUCCGCCAGCACACCCAAAGACAGGGAUGGGCGGGGAAGCUCGUCCGACCAGCCCAAGGCCAAGGCGAAAGCAGCCAGCACCAAGGCCGGACCCCGCAAGGAACCGCGGAGUACCGCGGUGGCCACUGUGGACAAAAAGAAACACCGUGUGCCUGGUAAGAUUGUGCCUAAGUCAAGGGAGUUUGUGGAGACUGACUCAUCGGACUCACACACAGACCAAGAGGAGGUCGCGGCUGGGAAAGUGGCAGCUCCUCCCACUGCGGCUAGCAGUUCGGUAAAACCCAAAGACUGCAUAAGCAUCCCAAGUAGCUGUGCCAGCAUCUGUAUGGACAACACCACCCUGGAGCAAGGGACCGUCGAUCUGGAUGAACAAUCGUUCUCUCCACUCCCGCUCCCGCAGAAUGAACUGCUGUCCCCACUGAGAGACUACGAGGAGAUCAAAUCUCUUUGGGUGAAAUUAGAUCUCAGCCUUUUGUCGAGGAUCCCUGGACAGGCAGUGGAAGAGAAUGUGCCCAACAAGGUAGAGGUUAGACAACCCAACAGCAAACACAACUACCAGCCCCCUUCACCAGUGACGGACAAGAACGCCAUUAAAACAAAGCGGAAACACAAGAUGGAGAACACAGAAGGUCUUUGUGAACUGAAGAAACAGCACACAGAGAAGGAGUCCCCAGCCCCAAUGCUGCUCCCGGCCAGCUGCUCAUCCGCUUCCAGCCACAAGGUCCUUAGCAACAAAGAGCUAACGAAACAGUUGACGAAAAGGGAGAGGAAGUUCCCGCCACCACUCUCGCCGCUGCCAGAUGAACCAGAGCUCAAACGACGGAACGGCGAGAGCAGCUCUCUCGGCCCAGAGAGUGGCGGCGACUCCAUACCGACCAGUGCCUCACAGCCCUCCACGCAAUACAGACACCGCAAACCAGACAGCAAACCCCCCUGCCAUGCAAAAAACCCCACCGAGACCGAAUUACACUCCAGCUUGUUAAGCAGUAACCAUGAAAACAGCCAAUCACAAACAGAUCCUUGGACGUUAAUAUCCAAUGGUCACUCAGAACCUAGAAGACCUAAGUUAGCGUUUGAUGACACGUCUCAUAAUGCCGAUUACUACAUGCAAGAGGCCAAGAAGCUGAAACACAGAGCUGACGCACUGCUUGAUAAGUUUGGGAAAGCAGUUAAUUAUGCAGAUGCUGCGCUAUCAUUCAUUGAAUGUGGAAAUGCUAUGGAGCGUGAUCCAUUAGAGGCAAAAUCCCCAUAUACCAUGUAUUCCGAGACCGUGGAGCUCAUCAGGUACGCCAUGAGGUUAAAGAAUUUCACCGGUUCCUUGGCAACGAUAGCAGAUAAGAAACUAGCAGUUCUAUGUUACCGAUGCUUGUCACUUCUCUACUUGAGGAUGUUCCGACUUAAGAAAGAUCACGCCAUGAAAUAUUCCCGAUCCUUGAUGGAAUAUUUUAAGAGUUCCUCGAAAGCCUCGCAGGUUCCAUCUCCUUGGGGAACAAAUGGAAAAACCACAGGAACAGCCUCCCCAUUAUCACCCAGUCCAUCACCCGUCAGUUCAGUCGGGUCUCACGGGAGCAGCACCAGCACCAGUGGGUCGUCACCCUCAGCAACCAUCAGCAUACCACAACGGAUCCACCACAUGGCAGCCAGUCAUGUCAACAUCACCAACAACAUCCUGAGGAGCUACGAGCACUGGGACACUGCUGACAAGCUGGCCAGAGAGAACAAAGAAUUCUUUCAUGAGCUGGACACACUGAUGGGACCAUUAACGCAGCAUAGCACUAUGACUUCCCUGGUUCGCUACACCCGGCAGGGACUCCAUUGGUUGAGGGUGGAAGCCCACCUAUUGUAGUGACUGUGCUGCAUGCUGCUCUUCUCUACUUUUCCAUUUGGGUUGCAUUUUCCAUCUCUACCUCUGCCAGGACCAUGACUGGCAGAUUUCACUGCCAGCUCUAGGUUCUAGAUCGAGCCUCCAGCAACACCCCUCCCGCUGCGCUUCAGACUCACGCAAUGUUACUCGAUCGAAUUAUGCCCGCCCCCCCCAACUCCCCCCAUCUGAAGCCACCGAAUAAUCUGAAGCCAGUAUGUCGGGGGAGGAGGAAGUCCAGGUGGGAGAGAGGAGCGGUGGAGUGAAACACCAACAACAUACGUUUUCCGUGCUUUCAUCUGAUUUCAUUGACUUGGCUUGUCCUUGAGAUGACAGCGGGCUUUUCACCACAUUGUACACAGCCUGAAGGCCAAGACAAGGCAAAAUCAGUUUAAAACGGGAAGUCAAAAAGCAUCUGAGAAAAUAUGAAGUAAACGACUUGGCUGAGUUACUGAUGGAAACUCUCAACAAGAAUUACACCCAAAGAAUUCAUUGUUAUACUUUCUUGUAACUCAGACAAGCGAGGAACAUGAUGGACCAUUACAGAAUAAUGAGGUGCAGACUGAGCCCCAGGGUUAGAAUAGCAUCUGACCCUCACACAGGCAAGUCAUCAGACUCUUUAUUUUAUACCCUUUUUAAAGGAAAACACACUCAAGUAGAAAUGGAAAAACGCUCAUUGAACUGAAGUCCUCUCUACUUGCUUUCCGCAAAGUGGGAAUUCACCAUCUUCCAUGUUGUCAGGUAUGCCUUAGAGAUUGGUGAUCACAAGCACUUUUUUUUGAGAAUAUUUAUUAAGAAAGAAUUCCUAACACCUAGGUGAUGUGUGAAGGGAAAAUCCCACGCUCCAGCCCUUGUCAUUUAUAAGGAAGAGCCUGAAAACUGGGCUGUGUAUAUUUUUGAAGGUGGUUUUAACCCUUCCAACUGCCAUGACAAUAUCAUCAGAGAUAUUUGGCUUCUAUUUUCUGUAACUGAAGAUCUUAGCUCCUCUCUUUCAUAUUCUUCUGAUUUUUUAAAAUUACUUUAUGCAACAUCUUACCCCACACCAAAUUACAGAACAGAAAACUGCCUCCAACUGUGAUGAUUUCGUCUCUGAACAUUUUUGGAGAACAAAUGGCUUGAAGAACUAAGAUUUCUCUAAGAUGGAUGAAUGGAUUAAAAAGGAAUCAAAGGCCUGAAAGUUUGUUGCACAAGUACUUAACAUGCUCCAGUGAAACUUCUCACUGUUUCAUCUUAGUGGGACAUGGUGUUAACCUGUGUCAGAUACAUGAGUCAUCAUCACCCCAUUACCAGCUGAGGGCAGAAUUUCUGAAAGGAGUGCUCAUAUGCAGAUACCUCACGGCAUCUGUCCAGGAUCAAGAUCUGUGACAUCUACAGACUACAUCGAAUCUACUAAGGAUUCUCAGUAUCAAAUUUUAUCACAAUGCAUCAGACUUAACUGAAGCAAGCAGCACAAGGGAUCCUGUUCACUUGAUGACUAUCUCAACUGAGUUUAUAUGUAGCCAGCUGGAAAUGAUUAUAGGUGGUUAUUGGUGGAAACAUGACAUGCAAUAUAAUUUCUUAUGAAUUAAGUGCCAUUUUGUUGUCCUUAAAGCAUUCCUAAGCCUGUCUCUGGUAAAAGGUACAAUUAUCAUGAAUUCAGUGUCCAUUCUUUAUCAAUAUUGGUUGAGCUUCAAAAGGUAAAUGCAAUGCAGUGAGGUAGAAGAGAAGGAUUCAUGCUAGGUAUUUUAAUAGGAUGCAUACCUGACAAACGCAGAGGUGGAAAAGAUUAGGAUAGGCAAAGCUGUCUGUGCCUUAUUAACUUUUGAAAGCACAGCCAAAUACAACAGAAGAUAGAUAAUUCAUGGGCACAGAAACACUACAUUGGGGUGUCUGCACACAUGGGUAAGUCACAGACUUGAAUACCUUUCAUUCCCUGGGCUUGAUUGGUAUUUUGAAACGUUGCUGUGCUCUGUCUGCAGAGUUCCUUGGAACUUCCACUCAUUGUCCGAUCAGCCAUUGCCUUUUAUUUCCAAAGCUUGCACUUGAACGAGGUGAAUUCAUUUGAUUUUUAUUAUUACUGGGAAGUGGCCUGUGGGUGUGCAGUACCAAAAGGCAUAGAAGAACUGAGUAUUCCUAUUGCCUAAGUAUAUUGAAUGGGUCACAGUGAAAGGCUUUGGCUUCUCCCAAAUCCUUUUGCUCCAUUAACUUUAUGGCGGAGUUUAAGUGAGGAGGAUGUAUACCUAAAAAGACCUUGCAGGGUUACAGGGAAAAAGGGACAAAUUGGAUCGGUCUUUCCAAGAGCCAGCAAAGGAAUAUUAGAACAAAAGGAAGUCUUAUGUAUGAUGCAAGACUCAAUGAUGUAAGGUGUUCUACGCACCACUUCAUAUACCCUCUCAUCUACAACGGUGGGAACUGAAUACACAUCAAUAUUAUUUCUGUCUUUCUUAAUAGGAGGUUGUUGUGGGGGUUAGAUAAAGGAAGAGAAAAUGAGGAUUUUGGUGAUUGACUUUGUAAAAUAAGGGCCCAAAAAUAAAUUGCCAUUAUUAAAAAGAGAAUACUGCCAAUUCCACCAUCACUUUCUGUUUGACAACAUAUCUACAGAACCAUACCUCCUUGUACCAACUGCAAAGGAUAAAGCCUUACUUGCAAACUGUUGCCCAAUGGCAAUGAAGGAAUCUAGAGAAUUUGUGGUCACCUCAUAGUCAACCACAAGGGUGAAGGGGAUCAAUUUAGCAGGGCAUCCAACUGAAUCCUCACUGCUAUUUGCCCCCCCGCCUCACCCCCAGUGCACACUCCACCAUGUACAACAACCACUCCAGGAUUAGUGGGUUUAAUUUGGCUGUAGAGUCAUAAAGCACUUCAGCACAGAAACAGGCCUUUUGGCCCAUCUAGUCUGUGCCAAACUAUUAUUCUGCCUAGUCCCAUCAACAUGCACCCGGACAAUAGCCCUUCAAACACCUUCUAUCCUUGUACUUAUCCAAACUUCUCUUACAUAUUGUAAUCAAAAUCACAUCCACCACUUCAGCUGGCAGCUUAUUCCACACUCACACCAACCUCUGAGUGAAAAAGGUCCCUGCUCAUGUUCCCUUAAACAUUUCAUCUUGCACCUUUAACCCAUGAACUCUAGUCUCAACCAACCUCAGUGGAAAAGCUUGCUUGCAUAUUUACCCUAUAUAUACCCCUCAUAGCUUUAUAUAUCUCUAGCAAAUCUCCCCUCAUUCUUCUACACUUCAGUGAAUAACGUCCUAUUAAACCUUUCCCAAUAAAUCUUGUCCUCAAGUCCCAACAACAUCUUCAUAAAUUUCUCUAUACCCUUUUAAUCUUAUAAAUACCUUUCUUGUAAGAGGGUGACUAGAACUGCACAUGAUAUUCCAAAUUAGGCCUCACCAUCAUCUUUUACAACUUCAACAUAACAUCCCAACUUCUAUAUUCUGAUUUAUGAAGGCCAAUGUACCAAAAGCUCUCUGGAUGACCCUAUCGACCUGUGGCUGAUACUUCCCAAACCCUCAGCCUCUCCCACCAUGAAGCACAAAACAGCAAGAGCACAGGAACUGCUUCCCCUCCAGCUCAUGCACGGUCCUGGUCUGGGAGUGUACCACCAUUCCUGCAAUGUCACUGGGCCUGAAUUCUGAAACUCUCCACUCUGAGGUACCCAGGGAGCACCUUCUCCAGAAAGAAUUGCAUUCCUCCUUCAUCAAAAUCAAAUGAAGAUAGGUAAUUAAUGCUGCCUUUUUUCAGUGACACCCAUAAUCUGAAUAAUAGUUAAAUAAGCAGCCCAUCUUUGACUAGCAAGCCGUUGUGUUUAGCUUCAUCUUCUGGUUGCAAUAUCUUGCUCUGCAGUCCACGGACAUCUUCCUAAAAAUGCCAGUGUAAAAGGGGCUGCACCAAUUUGUAUAGCCAUCUGGACAGAGUGGUAAGCUUUAGAGACAUCAUCUUAUGAUAUUAUUUCAAGAAAUAGGAACAACAACCGCUACUCAAAUGGCAGAAUGAACCCUUUCACUUAAGAGGCAACUGUGGGUUUGAAGUCACAUCUGGUCCAUAUUAAGGUAAAUGUGGAGAUUUGUUUCAUUAAAGGACAUUACUGAACCAGAUGGGCCUUUAUUUUAAUGUGUUAUCCAUUAAGAUACAAAUAUUACAGUGCAAGUACUGAUAACUACCACUUCUGAUAAUGGAAUUUUUAAAAAAUUACAUUUUUAUAUCAUUAAAUUAAUUUAAAUCCUCUUGCUGAAUAUUAAAAUUCAAUCCCUGCCCCACCAUCCGAUAAGAUCGGGUUGGCCUGAUCUUGGCCUAAGUCCCAUAUUCCUGGCUGCUGCUGUUUUCCUCAUCUCCCCUCCAGUGUUAAUCAUGGUCCUCCUUGGCUCUUGGCAUGUUUGGUGACUCUACCUCCAUGGUGCCCUGGGCUGGAGCAUCCGUAAGAGUCUCAAUUCUCAAAGGGAAAAAAAUCUUCGUCUUCUCCAUGUUAAAUGUAGCAACCAUGCACCCUGGUUCUAGGUACACAAGGAAGGAAAAUCAUUCUCUCAGCUGCACCCCCCCCCCCAAGAAUAUUACAUUUCCACGAGAUCAACUUUCUUCCUCGCCAGUCGAAUUUAGCCAAGCUCAGUCACUCCACUGAAGACAGCCUAGUGAAGUCAGGAAUCAGCCUAUGACCUGGAACCAACCUCGUGAAUCUUGUCUGAUCUGCCUCAAUGUAUCCCAGCCUGCUUAAAGAGGAUGAAAUAGUAUACUGUUCUGCAGGGGUUGUUUCAUCAGCGUCCUGGACAGCUAAAGCAAGAUUACCCUGUUUUUAUAAUCCAUCUGCUUUGCAAUAAAGGCCAAUAUCCCAUUCCAACACCCCCUGAUCACUUGUUGCACCGGCCACAGUGGGAUUUGAACUCAUGCCAUUAGGUCCUUCAAUCCCGAUUGAAAGUCCAGACACAAUGUGACCAUGCCGUCAGUGUUUGCAGCGCUACAUACAUCUCUUUAACCCUUUGUCCAAUGAACACUGUGGGAGAUAUAGACAUUGACAUUGGUUGGGCCCACAAAUGGUUUAUCUUCAAGACCCGUUUGCUUCUUUUUUGUACAUCUUCAAACAAACUUCCUUUCAACUUCAUCACACAAUGUAUGUCGAAGUCCCUGCCAAAGCAAAAGCAGUUAAAUAGCAUUUCCGGGAAUGAGUAAGUUAUCUGAAGCACACUCGUAUGAUAAUAUGAGUCGAGUAUAUUCUCCAGAGGGGAUGUCACUGGUGGAUCCUCAGGUGACUGUAGAGGCCGAUCAAGGAUCCACAUAUUCUGGUGCAGUGUGGGCAAGAGUAAGUGGUGGUUGUGGUUAGUGGUUGAGUCAUUUGGUGGUUCAGUCUCUCCUUUCAUAGCUGCCGCAUAUUCUGUGUGGCACAGUGGAGGUCACUCUCAUGUGGCACAGCUCCCUCUUGAGCAGAUUUCCUUCAGCUGAAUCUAUUGAAUGCAAUAUCUUCCCAGUUUUUAGAUGUAGUCUCGAACUUCUUCAAGCUAAUUUUGAUCUUAUCUUUGAAAUGUUUUCUUUGCCCACCAGGGGUUCACUAACCUUCCCUCAACUGGGAGUAAGGAUCUGUUUGGGAAGAUGUGAAUUAGACAUAGCCUAUCCACCGCAGUUGCUCUCUGAAGUAACUCACAGAUCUAUGAGCAAAGAGUGAGAAGUGGGUAACUUCAUUGAGAGGUCCAUAUACAGUCGGAAUCUGAAUGAAGACCCAUUGCUUCUUUAGGCCACCAAUACUCCCACAAUCUUUGAACUUUGCAGGAGAUAUAGACAUGGACACAGGUCCUUCCCAUUGUUAGUGGAAGAACUAAACCUAAGCCCAAAGUUCCUCCAUUCCUGCCUUCAGUAAUGAGAUAGUGGAGAAAUUUAGUGUCCUUUCAGAUACUGAUCCCUGCCCCAAAUACCAUAUCUAAUCUGACAUCAGCGCUACUUACUUCACAGUCUGGUGGUUUGAUUUUCCUUAUCACUGCAAUGCUGCCUCUCACGUUCACCCCAAAACCAUUGUAAAUCUCUUUUAAUAGAGAGGGGGCAGCAGUUCAGGAGGAAGCUCAUUCCCAUCUUCCUGAGGGUAAUAACGAAUGGACAGUAAAUGCUGACCUUCUCUGAAACUCCCUCAUCUCAUGAGUGAGUGAAUAAAUAAAUAUUUCUACCUGUAUUUACGUUCUACAUUCAUCUGGGAACAAAAUAUUCAGUAACAUUGACCUGCUGUACUCUCUACCACAAUAUUUCAUAAUCCAUCUUGACUUUCAAAACCCUCCUUAAAACUUACUACCUUGAUAAGAAGCUCGUUUUUGCUCUUAAUGUCCCAUCAAAUGACGUUUGGAUCUGGUCCAGAACCAUGAGUUUGCUGGGGAUAUUCUCCUAUGUUAAUAACAUUGUAUAGAUACAAGGUAUUUAACCUCACUGGAACCUUAUAUAAAAUCGCCACUGUAAUCAAUCCUACAAAAUAAAUGCACAGAAGUAAAUUCAUAGAUUUUAAUUCCAUGUUUAUCAUGAGUGGAUACAAUAUUAAAUAUGAAUUUUCAUAUGUCAACAUUGCUUAGGGAGAAUAAUUCUGCCUUCAAGCUCCCGACAAAUUCCCUAGAGAGCUAAUUGUGGAUCAGUUCAUCACCCAAGAUAGUCAUUCAGGAAUUGUUGCACAGCAGAGUAAUCAAAGCAAUUUGCAUUUAUAUAGCACUUUUCCUGAAGUAAAUCACCCAAGGCACUCCACAGCAGGCACAAGCUGACACCAAACCACAGAAGGAGUUAUUAGAGUUUGUGAUCAUUAAUCUGGUCUGAGUUUCAAGGGAAGGCUUAGAGAAGGACAGUAGAGUCAAUGACGAGGUCAAUCUCUGGGGCAGAGCCAAGCCACCAUUGCCAUUACUGAAGUGGUUACACUUGAGGGAGAUGCAAGAGGUGGGGAUAAAUGAAUGCAGGGCCACCACAGGGUUGGGAAGGGGUUAACUUGGUGAUAGGCAAUGCAAGGGUUGUGAACAAAAGUAUAAGCGUAUUACAGUUGAGCCAUUGGUGGUUCAUGAAUUGGUGAAGGACGAACGUAACCUAUUGUUAAAACUCCCUGGAUACCCAAAUGAAAAGAAAGACUACACUUGGUUUCUUUUACUGAUGAGAUGCUAAAUCAUUCCUGUUUCCAAGAAAUAAGAGCAAGAUUAAAGAUACUUGACAUUAUUACAAUAUGUCAUAAUAUUUGGAAGAUAUGAUUAGACAUUUUGGUUGGAGAAAAAUUGCAGGUCGCAUUCUAUAUUGUGAAUGUGACUUCAAAGGGUCUGAUUUAUCUUGAUCACAGCCAGCUGACUCACCUUUUGUUGUAGAUUGGUAUUGAGUUGUAAAAGACCCACAGGCACAAAUUUGAGUUCAAAAAUAAUCUUCCAAAGGACUGAUUGAAAUAGUGUGGAUUUAUUUAUACUAAAAGUAGCAUCUUAGUUUUUCAAAGUACCAUAAAUUUGAGUAACUAUAUCAUAUAAAUUUGGAAAAGGGAACAUGAAAAGCAACAGGUGCCUAAUAUUCUGAUCAACCGGCAGUAACUUACAGUUGAUUGUCAUAUAGUUUAAAGGGUAAACACAAAAUGGCUGCUCUUUUGGAUGGAUUACAGAGGAGGAAAAAAUGAAAAAGGACAAGGUGUUGACAGUUUAGAUAUUUAAUAAAAUCUCAAAGGGGAAUAUCAUUUUGGUAAGGAACCAAUUGGGUAUUUUUUUCAAUAAACAAAAGACAAUCUGAUUUUCACCUUUAUCUGCAGCACAGUUUGAAAGAGAUUUUCCAAUGAAAGGCCAAGCCAGUCUUUGGUGGUAAAUAAAUUUUCUUCUUAGACAACCCUUCAAGUUCAAGGAUGACUUGCUUCUGAAUGACUGGGAUCAGAGGUGAGGUACACACAAACUCUGCUUACAGAGUGGGACAUAUUAGGCUUGCUGUGGCUGGCAGGUGGUAGUGCACACUUUCUACUGAAAGGACUUGAGGCUCUUUGUGUCUUCAUUUUAUUUGGUCAGGAGCAAGGGGAAGUGUCUUGCAAUUUUUUUAAGGAAGAUUAAUCUUGAAGCUUUCUAUUGGAUCUCCUAGAAAUCUCUUUAAGCAAUUCAGAGCACAGAGCCUGUUUCCAGGACUCACGUAAUGGGUAUAGGGACAAGAUACCCUGCUUUUGAAAACUGAUCAAGUGUAAUUACAGCCUGAAUACAGAGGUUGUAACAAACUGGCCUGGCUCAGAGCAGCGGACAGUUAAGUACCAAGAUCUCCAAGGAUGUCUCUGUGAGAUUUCCACCAACUCCUCAGAUAUUCACUAGCAUUAAUGAUGAUAAUUCUUGAAUUCACGACAAACAGGAUAAAGAAACACUUUCUUAAGCUUGUUUAUAAAGUGUCCCAUGGAAGGUAGAAUUUUCUAGCCAAGUGUGUGCAAGUUCUUCAGAGAUUUUGUCCCAUAUUGUAACAGAGUUAAGGGCAAUAGUCAUUAUUGCUAUUCCUGCAUUGUAAGUGGUUAUUUAAAACAAAAUAUGGCACAAGUCAAUCUUAUUGGUAUAAAACCUGUUUCCAUUCCUUUUGAUGCUUGUGGUACAUUGAGUCAUGACUUAUUGUUACAUUUUUAAACCAGACUAAAGAUGUUUUAUAUAAUAAAGCUCCAAUUUGGAAACUUAUUUAUUAGAGAAAUAAAGCAGAAUAUUGGCUAAGCAGAUAAUUUUUGACAGUAAGCCAUGUUUUGUCAGAUUUUGAUUCUGUUUGACAAGUGUGAAUUAUUGAGUCUAUUUCUCAUGCCAUGUUUAAAUUAUUCCUCUUCUGCAUUGGGUGCAGUCACUUCACAUCAAGCACCUACUCAAGACAUUGUAAAUACCACCCUUCACUUUCCAAGUUUUUUUAAAAAUUUUCCUAAUCAAAAUUCCAUUGUUGGAAAAAAAAAUACGCACAUCUACUGAUUUGUUACUGCCAAAAGUUGACAAGUUCACUGCCUGAUCAAAAAGAGGUUUUUUUUUGUUCAAAGACAUCUCUCAACGCACCCAAUUCUCUCUCAGUCUCACCGCACCACCAUGUCUCUCAGAAACUCUUUUGCUGCCUAUUAGUUGCUUCACCAUUUGCAUCCCAUUGCAAACUGGUUGGAGCCAUCCAUUGAGUUUCUGCUGUCAUACCAUUGAUUAAAGGAGGGAUGUGGUGCAAGGAUGUAGGUGGAGGGGAGGAACACAUCCAGUGUAAAGGUUAAGGGAAACACAUUCGACCCCAACAUCACAAGUAGACUUCAUUUGACAGGCAUGCUCUUAUCUAUCCUUGUAAAAAAAUAAUAAUUUUUUGGUAAGUUAUGAAUUUUUUGUACAGAGAGCUAAAAUGUAAUUAUGUUAAGCUAUUGAUUAAUCUCUGUAAAGCUGUGGGAGGUUGAUUUCUUUGGCUUAAAUAUGAAAUAUUAUCUGCCUGUUUUGCUUUGUGUUUCAGCUGUGUUGCACAGUUAAUGCAUUUUUGUCACUUGUGUGUUCAUUUGGAAACAUUAAUACUAAAUGUACAAACAUUAAACUGUUAUUGGUAUUUUUUGUUCUUUUUAAAUGUAAUGUCUCAGUAUAAAUAAUAAUUGUAUGAACUGGUAUGACUGCUUCUCUCAAAGAGGGCUUAAUUAUAUUACCAGUGUGUUGAAUAAUAACAACCUACAA